CUCUUACUUUCAAAAGCACGUUACCGUCGCUCAGACUACCAUCCCUGACCAUCUACAAACCAUCGUCUCGCAGGCCACACAACCUCACACUCAACAUGACCACCUCCUCCCCAUGGACGCCACACUCUGCACUCACACCUUUCGUCUCCACACUUUUUGCGCUUCUUUACGCUCUCUAUAUUCUCGCCUACCCACCUGAUCACCGGAAACUCAGCCUGUUGCUUCUGGCGCUGCCAAUCACCUACGCAUUCAAGUACCAUCUAGACCUAACACCAAACGCUAGCGUCAAUGAUACGUUCGGGCGUUUCCUAUAUAUCUGGUUUGCACAUAUGAGCUACGAGAUUGCGAUCUUGGAAUUCUCCCCUUCACCUGCGAACAGUAUAGCACGUAAAAGAGGAGGGAGGUUGAGAGAAGCGUACAAGGUGCUCUUUGACCGGAACCACACACAGCGUCGACAAUCAACACUGGGGCCGCAGCGAAGGCAUGAGUUCUCGCGCCUGUCAUUCCUUCUCCGCCAUAUCACUAAAGUCAUCACACUGUAUCUUGCCAUGGCGUCAUGGUAUAUAUUCCUCGACACCCCAUCUUUUACCAUGUCAAGCGACUACGGAUUUGAGAAAGCGUUCUUCUUUCGGCGGCUCCCGUCGUCGCUCAACAUGCGAGAGCUGCGCGUUCGGUUCAAUUUCACGUUCCAGUGGUGCAUAAUCAAUAUGCUUAUGUACGACACGUAUCACUCUAUCUUUGCCGUCCUGUUCGUCGGAUGCGGUCUCGACGCGCCGAAUGAAUGGAGCAUGUCACUGUUCGGUUCGGUAAGCGAAGCGUGGAGCGUAAGGAGAUAUUGGGGGAAGCAUUGGCAUAAUUACAUCUAUCAUUCAUUUUCCGCGCAUGUCAAGAUUUUCACACGAGGAUGGCUUGGUUUGAAGAGAGGCAGGCUACAAACGCGGUUGCUGGAGAAUAUUCUCGUUUUUGCGGCAUCGGGAUUGAUGCAUAGUCUCGUGCGGUGGAUGCAGGACGGCAGUGAUGGGGAUAUAUGGUGUAUUGCUAUCUGGUACACUGCUCAGAUGCUACCUAUCGUCAUUGAGAAUGUGGCGCAGAACAUCUGGGGAAGAGUGAAAGAGAAACUGGUAAUCACGAGCAACAGGUCUGUGAGAGAGCUGGAGAGGCUGGUUGGGUACAUGUGGGUGGUGGGGUGGUUCAUGUGGAGUGUGCCGAAACAGAUACACACGAAGAACGAAUGGACGGACAGACUCAUGCGGAGGAGGUAUCCGGUGACUUACGCUUCUGAGAUGGAGCUGGAGAAGAUGAGUUCAGAAUUUUGA